AUGGAUGACUCCAACCACGAGGAGUUCCUCGUCUUCCGGGCGAACUCCUCGGUGGACCAUCUCCUUCCGGAACGGCCGGACCUCGGUCUGUCGGCCCAGCUGCUGCCGGACACGACGCAGCAUACGGCCAUCUCCAACCACUAUGGCAUCAUCUUCUGUGGUCGUGGCAACCGUCUGUUUGCUCUGUCAACGUCGCGCAUCCAGCCUGGGAUCUCGGGGAACCGCGUGGACGAUGCGCUGGUCGUGGACUUUGACAGCCCCAUCGUCGCGGUGAAGGUGGCCGAGAAUGACACCUUCCUCCUUGUGGCCGCUGGCCAAAAGCUCCGCGCCUUUGUCUUCGGCCUGACCGCCGAGUCACAGACCCUUCAACUGCUGGAGGUCCUCUGUGCCGAUCUACCCAGCAUCCCGGAGAAGGUGGCCUGUUCGGCAACCUCGCUUCAAGUGCUGGCUCUCUUUCAAGAUCAAACCUGCCACCUCUACUCGCUGCCUGUGGUGGGCGGCCUGCCGGACCUGGCCAAAUAUACGCUGCCCAUGCGUCCGGAGCCGGAGAUCGUCUUCGAGCGCGUGCACGCCGCUGCUGUCACCGACGAAGGCCUGAUCCUUCUCGGGCGAGCAAAUGGAGUGGUGUCAGUCUACUCGUAUGAGCCGCCAGACAAGGCGUGUUCCAGUGUGCCGGCCUUUUUCCCGUCGGAGUUCUGCUUUACCCCUUCCAAGCAGCCAGCCCAGCGGUCUCCGGCCCUUAGCUCUCCCUCCAUCGAGGCGACCGGCACCAGUCGCGCCGUGCGGUCCGGCCUGCGUCUGGUGGUACCGCCGGGCAGUGCCACGCUCAUCCGGGACGUCAAGCUGGCCCCCUCAACCCAAGCAAUUAUCCACCUUUCUGCCUCCCCAAGCUUUGCCAUCAUGGCCGCCUACCUAGACAAGGAGCAGGACGCCUUUAACCUGGUGGUCUGGGAUGCCCGGCGGGGCCUCGAUCGCAGCCAGCACUUUCUCCUUCCCUUCCCUGCUGGGGGAAGUCGCGAGCGUAAGCUCGACUUCUGUUCACUCUACCUUUCUCAUCAUCCCAACCAGUGGUCACAUCUUUUCCUGGUCAGCAGUUCCUGGUGUGACGGCUGGGCUGCCAUCUCCUGCGACCUGGAUGACAGCCGCCAGGGCAUGCCUCCGCGUGAUGAUCAUGUUUACUCGCAUCGCAGCCUCUCGCAAAUCAUCCGCAAUGGCGUGGCCGACAAGGACGAAACGACCUUCUGGUUCCGCUGGCCGGUCCUCGGAGCCACCCUUUCGUCGGAAGACCAUCCGAACCUGGCUGGAGCCUUGCGCAUCGACGACAUGACAGCGGUUCUCUGCCCGGUCGGGCCGCUGCCCCCACCGGGCCGUGGCUCGCGCGACAAGGUCCCCGUCAAUCGGUUGCGCAUCAUGGUGUCCGUAACUUCGGCACUGGAUCCCGAGCCCGGCUGCCUGCGGCUGCCCAAUGGUUUGGUCUUGUUUGAUGUUUCACAAAUCCUGGCCGAUCCAGCCACUGCGGUCCACUUGGACCCCCAACUCUAUCCACGUGAGGUGCCGAUCGGCACUGCCUCCUUCUAUCACCGGGUGGUGUCGCACCUGCUGCCGGCGCCGCGCUUUCCACACAUGAGUGAAAUGCGCUUCGGCCUGUCGCGCGAUGACCUGGACAUCGGCCCGGUCGAGGGGGAUCUCCUGCAGGUGGUAUAUGUCCCCAAAAGCAUGUAUGACCUGCCGAGCCCGACGGACCCGGCCGCGGCCGGCCCCUCCGAGGCCAACACCGAGGCACCGGCCCAGGCCGAAGCGCCCAACUCGCCGCUCGAUAGCCCGGAUUCCGGCUUGUCCUCCUCCUCUUCCUCGGCAUCCAUCUUCCUGGAAUCUGUGGCCCAGCGUGUGUCGGACCUAAGUCGGUCGUCCUCCUGCGAGUCUGUCAGCGCCAUGGGCACCCCCCGGAGCGGGACAUCCCUCUCGCCCUCCACGUCGAUCUCCUCGCUGGCAGCGGUCUUCCAGCGCUCGGCCGAGUCGGAGGUCGGCAGUGCACCGGAAACCCCAACCGGCUCCGGGACCACCCUUCUCCGACGGUCGUCCAGCAGUGCUCGCCGCGCGGCUCCGGGCAGCCUCGUGUCGAAGAUGAUCAAUCGCUUUGGCGGGACCCCCGACACCGAGCCGGCCAGCGCUCCGACCGCCAGUGGCCUGGGCAUCGGCAUUGGGCGAUCAGCCGGCAAUCAACUGGCCGGACUGGCCAGCCCCGAGGCCGGGCCAGAUGACCGGCGUGUGGUUUCCGCGGUGCUGGCUUCCCUGGCCGAGGUGGUCUUGGCCGCGCCCGGGUCGCCCUCGCCCCAUGGACACCGGGCCACAGGCAGCAUGGGCCGUCUGGACGAGGACUCCACCCCCCUGGCCAGCAGCUCAGCCGAGUCGGCUGCGGCCACUUCCCCCCUGGCCACACCGGUUCCCGAGGAGUCUCUCAUGCUUUCGGGAUGUCCCUCUUCCGAUGGGGAAGCCCUCUCGCUUUCUCACGACCCGUCUCGUGCCAGGGACCCGGCUGCUGGGCCGGAUCCUCCCGAAUGGCUGCCGUCCGUCAAUGAGUCUCUUCUCAAUGACGUGCUUCCAGGUGACUCGUCGAUGCAGGAGCUGCCUCCUGGCGCGGGGGCCCUUGUUCUAGCCGGCAGCGAGGCCGAAGCCACCGCCGUGCAUGAGCCUGCACCGGCGUCCGUGUCUGACGCACCAUCCAUCAGCCAGCAUGUACUUGCCCAGGGGGCGAGCGCUGUCACGGACACGUCUGUCCCGAGGAGUCUGCUCGGUGCCGGCGACACGGCUGGCACCGGCCGGUCUGCGUCCCCCGGUCAGCCGCUCAAUGCCGGCCGGGCGGCCUUCACGGCCCAAGAUGUGUCCCCCAUUCAAGAGGCGAUUCAGCCUUCCUGCGACUUUGGGUCCCUUGAUGGGGGCCCGUCUGCUGGCUACCAGCUGGCCGAUGGAGGUGGUCCGCACGAUCGUCAUCUCCUCCCGGGCUCGGAGAAGGAGCUCUUGACUGAGAGCACAUGUGUGGACACGACCCCAAGUGUGCUGGCAGCCGCACUGCCCAGCCAAGAGGCACCCUGUACGGCCGAGGCACCUGACAUGGCCAUGGGCCAGCCUGCCGAAUGUGACGGUGUCUCCAUCAGCACUGAGGUGCAUCCGCACGAGCGAGCCGCCGCCCCGAGUGAGCUCACUUUGGACGGAGGGCCGAACAUGCAUGGUGAUGACGCAGCCGCUGGCGGGCUGGCAUCGGGUGGCACUCUAUCCCCGAGCGUCGGUGCUAUCUCUGCCAGUGCCGGCGAGCUUCUCGCCAGUGACGACGAGGCGACCGCCGAUAUGCCAGUUGAGACGAAUAACUCCGGCACCCUGUCCGCCGGGGAACCGAUCCAUGCGGAGGGUGAGCCGGAUAGCACCAGUCUUGUGCCGAUGGCCUCGCUGGAUGUUCUCCCUCUUGAUAUCCCUCCUCCAGAUGUUUCCCCUCCUGUUGCUCGCUCUUCCAGUGCCUGCUCUCCUGUUGCUUCCCCUGCCGGCGCUUCCCCUACCGGCGUUUCCCCUACCGGGGCCUCCUUCACCGAUGUUGCCAUCACCGAAGGCACGGAGCUCCUGCCUGGGCUUGACGCAUCCUGCGACGAGGCACUGUCUUCCUCCAGGGGCGCUCAUGCGGUUGAGAGCGGUCUUGCUACCGACAUGCCACCUUCGCACGGCGGCGAUGAUGUUGCCACUCCAAUGGGCGAGCCGGUGGCUACUCUGGUAGUUUCAAGCGACGGAAUUUCUCGCCGCGACAACAUCGAGCAUCCUUCGGCGGAUGACAGCAGCUCGGGUCCGGCCGGGGACUUGGCGGUCCUUCCGACCGACACCAUGAUGGCCACCAGCACAGCACCAUCUCCUGCUCGCUCUGUGGCCCCUGCUCAGUUGCUCUCGGCCAUUGACAGCGGCUCACCGACCAUCUCCGACCUAUCUGGCGCCGAUUAUCCGAUGGCCGAGGGUGCUGCUCUCCAGAUAGACGAUGUUGCAAGUAGCCCUGGGUCCGUCUUCACGGAUGGUGCCAGCUCCCCAGGCGAAGCCUCCCCUGGUGAUGAGCUGUCCCCUGCGCAUGGACCGUCCAGUGGCCGGGAGGAAGUUGCCCCACUUGGCGGCCCGUCCUCGUCGAAUGAGCUGUUCUCCGGCCAUGAGGCGGUCCCCACUGGCGCUUCGCUCGAGGCCACCGAAUCGGCCCCGGCUGCCACCUCCCCCCAUGGCGAUGCAUCACCCCUCGUCGAUGCACCCGUUGCCGAGGAAAGUGCCCUUCGUGAUGAGGGGUGCACAUCUUCCAUGGACCAGCCCGCCCUCGACAGCACCGACGUCCCUGUGGUGGCUGUUGGCCAUGUUGCUGGGAAUGAUGCUGCUGCCGCGCAGGUGGCCGAUGUGCCCGGGCCUGCCGCCGAUUUGGCAUCUGUCAACAGGAUGACCCCUGAUUCCGUCGGGUGUGCCUCCGCCACCGGCAAGGCCCCCCCGACCGGGGCCGAGUGCCUGGAGCGUUGCGACCUGUCCGAUCAGGAGACUGGCUCCGGGCCGGCGGCUGUUUCCGAGCCGAGUCCCGCUCGUCUCCCAGAUGCCACCUUGAGUCGAGACCUCGGUUUCGACCGGGACCCCCCUUCUUACGAGGUGUCUUCCAUCGAGAGCGGGGCCGCCGUUGGCGAUGGGGCGUCCUCCGAAGACGAAGGAGCAGACAUCGGAGCUGACGACGGCGAGGUGCCUGUGCUUGCCGCUGUCACGGACGUUGGCGGCGCCGAGGCGCCUGUUUCUUGGGAACCUGUCGCUUCUGGCGUCGGAAAUUCCGAGAGCCGGCCUUCGCUCGACGAUGCCCCCUUCUCGGGCGAUACUUCCCCCGCCACAGGAGCAUCUCCAUCUGUUUGCCAGCCCGCCUGUGAGUCCGCAACCGCACGUGAGCUCCCCGGCGCCUGUACAUCCGACCCGAAUGGUUCCUGGCGCCUCGACAGUCGGGAGCACUCUCCACCUCCGGUGCUUGGAUGUGUUGAGGCUUUCUCUGGCGAUGGACCUCCGUCUGCUAUUCUCGGGGCUCACCUGGCCGAGGAGACCGCUGGCUAUACUGAACUGGCCUCGGCCGAGGAUCGCACUCAUGAUGUGGUGGCAGCUGCGCAGACCGUCGCUGCCACCCUCACCCCUGAGCCAAGCCUCACGGGCCUUGGUCAUUCAGCCGGGCCCAUCACCGGUGAGGCAGCACCUGAUGUGGAGGCGGCUUCCAUGGUGGCCGAGAUUGCGGCCACAGAUGUCUCCGGCAAUUUGAGCUCUUCGCCUGAGCACAUCCCCAUCGAUGCUGACCAGCCGGCUGACGAGGUGUCUUCUCCCAUUGAAGCCGAUACCGCCGGACAUAUGGCCUCCGAUGGUGGUGAAUUCGCCCUCAACCAUGUCGGCCAUCUGGGUGACGUGUCUGAGGCCACCAGUGAGUCGGCCCUCGCGACGGCCGAAUCGGACCCAGGCGUGCUUGGUCUUUUGGAUGGGGCCAGCCCCUCGGCCGAUGCGCCGGUCGAGGUUACACCCUUGGCUGGGGGGCCGCUUGCAGUCCAUGGGAUGGCUGUCGGCAAUGCAGGCGGUGCCAUCAGUGAAUGCCUGUCCGAGGCCGAUGGCGAUCAUGCUCGGGCCGAGGGUCCGACAGACACUCACAUCGCUGGGCAUGGCGCUGCGGAUCCCCAUGCAGAUGAGCUUGCUGACGCAGCGUCCGGCUUUGUCGCGGACACACCGGGCAAUGGCGAAGUGUGUGCCGCCCGCAUGGCGCAUUUGCCAGGCGAAAGUGCCCCGCCAGACACGGCCGCUGUGUUGGAUUGUGUCGACCCGAUGUCCGAGGCCCUCCCCGAGGCCGAUGCUGCCACGCCGUACGGAGCGCCCACUUCCAUCGGGUCGUCCCCCGAUCAAGGCACACAUUCGGCCGGGCUUCCCAGCCUCGAGAAUGGUGCCUGUGUCGACGCCACGAUGGUCUCCACCGGCGAGGUGCCACCCGGCCACAGGGGUGUCCCCUUCGAUGGGACUGCUCUGGAUCUUGCGCAGACCACGGCCACCGAGUCGACCUCGACCGACUUCGCCUCCUCGGCAACCGGCACAGCCUCCGAGGGCCAUGGGCUUUCCCCGUGCGCUGUGGGAACCGCCGAUGGAGUUGCCCUGGGAGGCGGUGCGAUUGCCGGGGUUGAGGCCAUUCCCGAGGCAGAGCCAUCCCCUGCCCUGCCGGUGGCGCUAGCUGAUCCCGGAGUUCCAGGCACUGAGCUAAUCGCAGAGGCCACCCCCAUUCCCGAAGGCCAUAUCAUCCCCGGCCCCAGUGGGAUCCCCGAGGGUGAUGUGCUUGCCGAGAGCGACCCAUCUUCGGACGACGAGGCGUCUUCUCGUUCUUCUUCUUUCUCCUCUUCUCCUUCUUAUCCAUCUUCGGUCGAAACCCAGUCUCUGGGUGAGGAGACUCUGGCUGAGGCCGCGAUUCCCGGAAGCCAUGACGAUGCACCGGCCACUCGCACGGAUGUCGCUGAUGGCUCCAUUGCUGCGAGGGAGCCGGACCCCGACAAUCAGCCAGCAUCCCUCGACCCCAAGGACCGGGUACUCGAUGUUCAGAGCGGUGAUUGCACACCAGGUGACAAUCCCACGAAGGAACUUGAGCCCAGCUGCACCAGCGAGGCCGCUCGUCCAGGCGACUGUGAUGGCGGAAACCCGGCGGCUGGGCCGACCGAGCCUGCUUCCCGGGCUGCUGCCCGAUCCCUGGUGGCCAGUGUGGUUCCUGCCGAGCUGAUGGCCGUCGUGGGUGGGGGAUUCGUGUCGAGCAAGGUGAGCCUGGAAUCUAUGGACCCCUUGCCCUGUGUCACUCCUGUCAGUGGCAAUAGCCCCACGAAGGAGACACAUUGCCCAGGCAGUCAGCCCGGGGGACAUGCAUCACAGGCGGCGCCUGCCCUGCAAGACCCAGAAGCAAAUGCCCCCUCAACUGGGACCAGUUCCGCUGAUGCGGAGGCCAGCCUCGUCGGCCAGGCGUGUGUCACCCUGGAUGUGCCCUCCUCCGAUGGGACGACCAACACCGAUGGCCUGCCAGCCACCGAGGCGCCUGUCUCUGCGUCGGAUAUGCCCAGCGAUGGUGUUGGGGAUGUCCCUCUUUCUGGCAGUGGCCCUGCUCCUGUCGACCGCGAGACGCUUGGGGAUGUCCCAUGCCACGGGGCUGGUGGCUCGAUGCCCGGCGAGAGGGCCAUCGCCGGGGAGGUGGCCUGCACCAUCAGCCAGACUCCGGCGGCUGGCCGUCCAUCGGAUCGGCCUGCCGACAUGCCAGCCGAUGCUGCCUGCCCACCGCCGGUGGAUGAGGACGUCUCUUCGCCGGGUGCGCGGUCCACGGGGCGUCUGAUCACCGUGCCCAGCGGCGACACCUCGCCGGGAAUGGCUGAGCCGGCCCAGGCUUCCGCUCUGACCAUGGCAUCCGUCGAGGAUGUGUCCUCCGAGCAGUGUGUCAUCGACGUGCCAUUCCCCGACCCAAGCACCACUGCCGGUGGGGACGUCCCUCCUCCUGGGUCUUUUGCCUCCUCCGGGCAUUCUCCUCGCGAUGUGUCUUCCUCGGAUGGUCAACUUGGUGGCGCUCUUCUGGCCGGCAUUGUUCCCUCUUGCGCGGCCGCAUCGCCGCCCGAGGUCAUGAUCGCCGCCGGCCCCGCCGCCGUCGCCUGUCUGUUGCCCCAGGCGUCUGACUCCGAGGACCCCUUGGCCGAAGCUCCACCUUCAAUUGGGCCUUCUCUUGACGGGGACACUAUCCAGGAUGGCCUGUCUGCUGAGGCUAGCCCUGCCGCAGCCGGUUCGCCGGUUGUUGUCAGCGGUGCCGGUACCGGUGAGCCGGUUUCUCCUGCCCCCAGUCCGACACACCUUUCCGGUGACAUGCCCUCUCCCCACCCUCCGACCAGCGAAUUGGCCACCCAUCUGGAUGCCGUCCGUGUGACAGACCGCCCAAGCCGGGAAGCCCCUGCUUGUGGCGCUAUCACGGGAGAUGACAAGAAGCCGGGGGAUCGGUCUGAUGCCGAGGACAUUAGCCACAUGGAGGGCCAGUGUGCGAGGAGCAGCGAGCCGACAGGUGCCAUUUCCGGGCGCGCCGCUCUUCCCAUGGCCGAUGGCGGGCCCGAGCUCCUAGCCCACGGAGUUGAGGCUGUGACUGGGUGCGCCAUCGGGCUGCCCUCAAUCGCUGAGAGCUCACUUCGAGCGGAUUCGGCGUCUGGGGGAAGCCCACCCCUCUCCAGUGGGCGGGACCUGCCUGCCUGUGAUGCCGGAUCUGCCGCCCCGUCGGUCUCUGAGAAGUCCCCUCUCCGUGAGGGGCUGUCCACCAUUGAGCGGAGCAACUCCCAGGGCAGCUUCGAUGCUCCCGAGGGCGUUGCCGUUGGUAAGUCACCUCUCCGCCGGGAGGAGUCGUCGCCCCGGCCGGGUCCCGUCGAGGGCCUUUGGUCGCCUUUGGCGGGUGGCCUCGAUCCGGCCGAUGUGUCGCUCUUCGACCGGGAACUCACCCUCGGCCAGUCCUCAGGGCACUCUGGCGGGGUGACCCCACCAGUGGGGCCCAUUUCCUUGGAGGACCCCUCCUCAAGUGGGGAGUCCGUGUUGAUGGGUGGUCCGACAUCCAGCAAGGGGCAUGUUACUGUGGUGGAUGCCUUCCCCAGCCGAGAUGCCAUUCCCGACAUGCGGCCACCCUCCCACGCAUGGCAUGGGCCUGUUGCUGAGGCGCCCGCCUCGAUUGAGCAUCUGCCGCCUGGCGAAGCCUCUUCCCCCGAUGACACGACGCCCGAUGGGGCGGCCCUGGAGCCCGGUCUUCCGGGUAUGUGGGGAUCUGCCAGCGGGCCAAGGCAAAAUGCCGUGGCCGAGCCCGACCGGGGGCUCAGUUCCCCGGAGGCAGGGUCUUCCCCAGACGACUUGGCGGUCAGCCCGCGGUCGGGACUGCUCGAGGAGUCGGCCCCAACCGGCAGCUCGGAAUCCAUCGAGGGGGAGCCGCUUUCUUCCGAGGCGACCUCCCUGUCUGGAGGGCCGUGUGUGGCUGCCCGGUCGUCUGCCGACUGCCUGACCGGCGAUGAGCCUGUCAUGAGCAAGGUCCUUUCAACUGCCUGCCCUGUGGCUCCUGGCGGAGGGUCACCCCCUACCGAGGAGGCUCCCCUUGAAGGACAUGUCCCCGUUGGUGAGCAGCCAGGCCUUGUGGAUCAGACCGUGCCCAAUUCCGCGACAAAUCCCAUCGUCGGGAUCUCGGCGUCUGGGGGGCCCCCUUCCGUUGCACAAGCCUUCCCCGAGCAUGAGCCCACCCCAUGUGCCUCUAUGGCUGGAUUUCCGGUCUCCACCGACACAGGCCCCCCCUCCAGCAUGUCGCACUCCAUCGAGGGACUAAUGGGCGCUCAGGCACCAGCUCGCCAGGAGGCCGACCCCCUGGCCGAAAUGGCCUCCCCCGCUAUGGAGCCAACCCGCCCCGGUCAUUGGGAUGCCGUUGAGGCAGCCUCCCCGGGGGGGAGCACCGCAUCUGUCCAGGCGCCUGUCGGUCGCGCCGGGCUCGACACGGCCAAGGCCACUGACCUUGCCCACGUGUGCCAUCCGCCCGGUGGGGAUGUUUCCGGGCUCCCGGGACUCCCGAGUGCCGGGUUUGCGCCUCCCACCGAGCCGGAAUCCGCCCUGGGCCCCCUCACCAAUGAUGGGAGCCUCGGUCCGAUGCCUUCGGCGUGUGUCCCGAAAGCCCCGGUCGUCCCCGCAAGCUCUCUGGCCGGCCAGGGUAAAAUGGACCUCCCGUCGGAUGUCGGGCCCCUGGCGUAUCCUUUGUGCCAGCCGGACACCGACCAGAUUCGGGCUUCCUGUGCAGUGGGCCCCGGCUCGACUCGGCCGUCGCCGGGCUCCGGCGUGGUCCUGCCCUCGCUGGACUCGGAGCCCAUCCCCUCGGCACACACAUCCGAGGCGGAGCCCUCUCCGAGCAGCAGUCCGUUGCUCCAGUCCCCGGAUGAGCAGCAUCUCCUGGCAUGGGAGACGUCACUCCUGUCCAAGGGGGGCCACGCCGCCCUUCCCCCCUCAGUGGACUUGUCCGCCCGGUGCGACCUUUUCCUGGCCCCUUUGCUCGGCUCUGCCGGUGAGAGCGACUUCUCCGCUGCCUUGGAAAUGCUCGCCCAGCGGGUGGGCCAGCUCGAGCGGCAUCUGUCCAAUCCCCCGCCGACCGGCAUCGAGAUGCCCCCUCUCGGGCAGCUGGCCGAUGGGGUGAAUGCCUGUGUCGGGCUUUGGCCUGGCUGCCUGCCGCCACAUGGGGAAGAUCUCCGCGGGCCGGAGGCCUUCCAGCAGGCGUUGCAACUGGCAUGUGAGAUCGACCGAGUCCGGGCGUCGAGCGGCCCGGUCGCAUGGCAGUCUCCGGUCGCGACUCCUUGCGCUGGCCGGCCGGCCGCUUAUUUGAACGACUUCGAGGAUCGCAUCGAUCGCUUCCGAACCCAACUCCUGGGGGUGGCCGCCGGUUUGUCCGCAUGCGAGUCAUUGCUCGGGCCGGGAUACGACGCGACGCUGGAGCAAUUUGCCCUGCUGAGUGGCCAUGUGCGCAAUCGGCUGCCAAUGGUACGCCAGCGUCUCCAGGACCAAGCCCGGCGGAUUCGCAUGCUGGAAUUGCACGCGCUGCUGGACUAGCCCCGGGGGCCGGGUCCCAGCGUGUUGGAUUCCUGACCACAAUAUAUCCCCACUUGUUGGGAGUUGCGCGUGCUAUUCAUUCUGGCCUGGUUGUCGAUACCGGGGCCAGUAGGAUUCCGCGGAGUUUGAACGGCGUGGCAAAGGGCAAGGGGAGAUCAUACCGGAAGCACGCGUGAAGCGUGGCCAUCACCGCUCUGUACUGCCGAGAGCGGAUGGCUUCGGCCUCCUUCGGGAAGAGGGCCACCAGCUCGGCCAGAGCCUGCUCUAGUUGCUGGGGCUGGAGGGUCGGUCCAACGUGCACGCCGGCCCAUGCGUCUGGCCAAUCGAUGCACAAGGUUGGUGAGCCGAUCAGCGCUCGGAGCUGGCGAUGCCGCUCGGAGACCACGCCCGGAUCAAGGGCCGCAGGUGCAUCGGACACCGGCGGCUCGCCAGCGGCGGCCUCGCGAUUGAGCAGCCGCAAAAGCGUCGAGAGCUUGAAAAACCGAUCCAGGGGCCCGGGGACAAAGGGCAGCCCCCUCGGGUUGAGGGGAGCCGGGGCCCAAUCUUCCGGGGCUUGCGGGUGUAGGAUGAUUGUGGCUGCAUCGAUCAGAAACCGUUGCUGGGAGGUCAUGCGGCUGGCGGGAAUAAGCUCGCGUCCGGCGUUGGCGGCCGCUUGGCGCAUGGCAUCCAGCCGGUGCUCCGACCAUUGGGCUCGACACCGGCGGAUGGCCAGCUGCAAGUCGGCCUGGGUGGCGGCCACCUGUUGCGAGCGAAGGUCCAGCUCGGCCUGCACCGCUUCCAGGCGCUCGACCGCUUGGGCGAGUUCGGCGAUGGUACGAUCAAUAUCGCUGGCCGCCGUGGACAGUGGGCGGCGCAGGCCCAGGCCGGGGUGGCUGUGCCACCGUACUCCCGGGCAAUGGCGGAGUCGAAAAAGCAUCCUUCUGCUCCGGACCCCCGGCAGGGAGGAAUGGCAGGGCCCGGGAGACUUGCACUGGUGCGCGCAGCAACCGACGAGGAACAGAAGCAGGAAGGCGGGGGAGGAGCAGGAGGCGUGGCAGGGGGGGGG